AAGUUAUGAAAAGUCAUGGUGCUGAGAACCUCUUUAUAUAGACAUUUAUUGCACUCACAGUAGCCUAUAUACAGUUGUGCCUCCUGGUCUAUCUCAAACAUCAGCAUUUUACAACACUUUAUCGAACCUUUAUUUGAGCAGGGAGCCCCAUUGGGACCAAGGUUUCCUUUGCAAGGGAGCCCUGAAGAAGAGACAUUAUCUGGUAUUCAGAUAAGAAUAAGUAGGCAGGCAGCAUUGAAAAAGAAGUCAGAAAACUAUUUGUUUCACUUGUAGAACUCCUAGCUGAACUCAGAGGUGGGGGUUGCCUGCAGGUCAAGUACGGAGGUGAGGUUGUCCAAAGAGCAGUUUUCAGACGAAGGACUGUGCGCUGUAGACUGCUGUACAUCGCCACCAGAACUAAACAAGCAGAACCUGCAAAUAGAAACUCCAGUUUUCACUCCAGAAGGAGACAUUUAAAGGGAUUUUUCUUUUCCUUUACUAAGACUUCAUGUCACGCCAAAUAACCAGUUAAAAGGGACCAACAAGCCAGCUUCUCUGCGCUGAGACCGAACCCAGGCGAGCAGUCCCCGAUGAGGCUGGAGGCCACCGCAAGGAUGGACCUUAUCAAGAAGCUAUGGAGAGCACGCAAGCUGAUCCUGGUGGUGCUGAUCCCGCUGUCGCUGCUGCCGCUGCCCCUCAUCCACCCCACCAGCGAGGCCUGCUGUGCGUACGUGUUGAUAGUGACAGCGGUGUACUGGGUAUCAGAAGCUGUACCCCUGGGAGCUGCUGCCCUCGUACCAGCCUUCCUAUACCCACUGUUCGGAGUGCUCAAGUCCAGCGAGGUAGCUGCAGAGUACUGUAAGGACACCACUCUGCUGCUGAUGGGGGUGAUCUGUCUGGCGGCCUCCAUAGAGAAAUGGAACCUCCACAAACGCAUCGCUUUACGCAUGGUCAUGAUUGCCGGAGCCAAGCCUGGCAUGUUGGUGCUGGGUUUCAUGUGCUGUACGGUCUUCCUGUCCAUGUGGCUCAGUAACACCUCCACUACUGCCAUGGUGAUGCCCAUCGCUGAGGCCGUCCUGCAGCAGCUCAUCAGCACCGGCGUGGCCGACACCCAGGAAGACUCCGAAACCGUCGAGGCCACCGAGGACGGCUGCCUCAGCAACAGGGAAGAGAAUCUGGAACAGAACCAACUCGAGCGUCUGUAUCGCAGAGACAGCUGUAUGAAGCAGGAGCUCUGCACUCUGACUGAGUUGCCGACUGUGGAGACUAACGGGACUGGGAGGAAGGCCAGUAAGACCAGUCUGGGCCAGUUGUCCCUAAAACAGACCAACGGACACCUGCCAUCGACAGCGAUCAGCAUCCCAGAGCCCAAGAAGGAGAAGGAGAGCAAGAACUCUCGCUACCCUACCAAGAGAGAUCAUAUGAUCUGUAAAUGUCUCUCGCUCAGCAUCACGUACGCAGCCACCAUUGGAGGCCUCAUCACCAUCACGGGCACCUCCACCAACCUUAUCUUCGCCGAACAGUUCAACAAUCGCUACCCGGAUGCGAAGGUGAUCAACUUUGGGACCUGGUUCAUCUUCAGUUUCCCCAUCGCGAUCAUCAUGCUGCUGCUGACCUGGGUCUGGCUGCACUUCCUCUUCCUCGGCUGCAAUUUCAGGGAGACAUGCUCGUUGAGUAAAAAGCGUAAGACAAGGAGAGAGAUGCUGUCAGAGAGGAAGAUCCACGACGAGUACAUAAAGCUUGGGCCCAUCAGCUACCCAGAGGUGGUGACAGGAGUGUUCUUCAUCCUGAUGACUCUGCUGUGGUUCACCAGAGAACCGGGCUUCGUACCCGGGUGGACGUCGCUGUUCGAGAAGAAAGGCUACAGGACCGACGCCACUGUCUCUGUGCUACUGGGCUUCCUGCUCUUCCUUAUCCCGGCCCGUCGGCCAUUUUCUCGGGCCCCCAGAACCCCCGCAGGGGACAGCUCCGCAGAAAGAGACCCAGACCCCAUGGCCCCCAUGAUCACCUGGAAGGACUUCCAGAAUCUCAUGCCCUGGGAGAUCGUCAUCCUUGUGGGAGGGGGCUACGCCUUGGCUGCUGGCUGCAAGGUGUCAGGGCUGAGUGUGUGGAUCGGCAGACAGCUGGAGCCCAUGAGUGGUCUACCCCCGUGGAUGGUCACGCUGCUGGCCUGCCUGCUCGUCUCCGCGGUUACAGAGUUCGCCAGCAACCCCGCCACUCUCACCGUGUUCCUACCUAUCCUCUCUGCUCUGUCGGAGACCCUGCAGAUCAACCCCCUCCACACACUCAUCCCCGCCACCAUGUGUGUGUCAUUUGGGGUCAUGCUGCCUGUCGGGAACCCCCCCAACGCCAUAGUGUUCAGUUACGGACAUGUGCAGAUCAGCGACAUGGUGAAGGCAGGAUUCGGGGUGAAUCUGAUUGGUGUUCUAGUGGUGAUGCUGGCCAUAAUGACCUGGGGCGUGCCCCUCUUCAACCUGACUCAGUACCCAGACUGGGCCAUCGCCAGGAACUUCACUGGCAGCUUAUAACCACACGGGGGCGUGAGAGAGUGCAGACGGUCACAGG